AUGGCUUCAGAGGCUCAGGGUACCGAUGUGGAGACGUUCGCUUUCCAGGCUGAGAUCAACCAGCUGCUCAGUCUGAUUAUCAACACCUUCUACAGCAACAAGGAGAUCUUCCUUCGCGAGCUCAUCUCCAAUGCAUCUGACGCCUUGGACAAGAUUCGGUUCGAGUCGCUAACGGACAAGAGCAAGCUGGACAAGCAGCCGGAGCUGUUCAUCCACAUCGUUCCCGACAAGACCAACAAGACCCUCACCAUCAUCGACUCUGGCAUCGGCAUGACCAAGGCUGAUCUGGUGAACAAUCUCGGAACCAUCGCGCGAUCGGGCACCAAGUCGUUCAUGGAGGCUCUAUCAGCGGGCGCGGACAUCAGCAUGAUCGGGCAGUUCGGCGUGGGGUUCUACUCGGCGUACCUGGUGGCGGACAAGGUGGUGGUGCACACCAAGCACAAUGACGACGAGCAGUACAUCUGGGAGUCGCAGGCCGGCGGCUCCUUCACCGUCGCGCGCGACACCGGAGGUGGACGAGGAGGACGAGGAGGAGGAGAAGGAGGAGGAGGAGGCAAGGUGGAGGACGUGGAGGAGGAGGAGAAGAAGGAGAAGAAGACGAAGAAGGUGAAGGAGACGACGAGCGAGUGGGAGCUGAUGAACAAGCAGAAGCCGGUGUGGAUGCGCAACCCGGACGAGGUAUCAAAGGAGGAGUACGCGGCCUUCUACAAGAGCCUCAGCAACGACUGGGAGGAGCCGCUCGCGUACAAGCACUUCUCCGUUGAAGGCCAGCUUGAAUUCAAGUCGAUCCUGUUCGUGCCGAAGCGGGCGCCGUUCGACCUGUUCGACGGGAAGAAGAAGGCGAACAACAUCAAGCUAUCGAGGAGACAAGGAGGACUACGCCAAAUUCUACGAGGCGUUCGGCAGAACCUGAAGCUGGGCAUCCACGAGGACUCGCAGAACCGCGCCAAGCUGGCUGACCUGCUGCGCUACCACAGCACCAAGUCCGGCGAGGAGAUGACGUCCCUCAAGGACUACGUCACGCGCAUGAAGGAGGGGCAGUCCGUGAUCUACUACAUCACGGGCGAGAGCCGCAAGGCGGUGGAGAACUCGCCAUUCCUGGAGAAGCUGAAAAAGCGCGGGUACGAGGUGCUGUUCAUGGUGGAUCCCAUUGAUGAGUAUGCCGUGCAGCAGCUUAAGGAGUACGAUGGGAAGAAGCUCGUGUCUGCCACCAAGGAGGGAUAUCCUGGGCGAAAGGUGGAGAAGGUGCAGGUGUCGGAUCGCAUUGUGGAUUCGCCGUGCUGCCUGGUGACAGGCGAGUAUGGGUGGAGUGCGAACAUGGAGCGGAUCAUGAAGGCGCAGGCGCUGAGGGACAGCAGCAUGAGCAGCUACAUGAUGAGCAAGAAGACCAUGGAGAUUAACCCCGAGAAUGGCAUAAUCCAGGAGCUGAAGAAGCGCGCUGAUGCGGAUAAGUCGGAUAAGACUGUGAAGGAUCUUGUGCUGCUGCUCUUCGAAACUGCCCUUCUCACCUCGGGAUUCAGCCUGGAGGAGCCCAACACGUUUGGCGGCCGCAUUCACCGCAUGAUCAAGCUGGGUCUGAGCAUUGACGACGACAUCCCUGCUGAUGACGAUGCUGACAUGCCUGCUCUUGACGAGGGUGCGGAUGAGGGCUCCAAGAUGGAGGAGGUCGACUAA